GGUUGAGAAAAAGAGAAGAAAAAAAAAUCAGAAAUUGUGGUUUUCAUCAGCAGCAAACACAUUCUUCUUCUCGAUCCAAUCCUCUGCCAAUUUUCUCUCUUCUUCUUCCUCUUCUUCUUCGUCGUCGUCAUAUAAAGCUUCUCUCGUAACGAAUUAGAUCAUUCUUUGUGUCACCACCGACGUUUUUGUACAGCUAAUUUUUUUUGUGAAAUCCGAGCUUCGUUUUUUUGAUCAUUUUGUUUACACUUCCAGAGUGAUAACGAUUCUCUGAUCUGUUUCCAUGAUCGCUCUUCUCUAACUCUCUAUUCGAUCUUCGACAAUUUCUUCUACAACGCCGAAGAGGAAGAAAGAAUCUGUGUUUCUUCGUUGUGGCUUAUUUCUUUCUCUAUUGCUAUUUAUGUUCCGUAGAAAUUUGAUCUGGUGAAUGCUCCUGCGAUAAAAUUUCCCUGAGCCAACGCGGCUCGGGGGAGAUCUGUUAUAUCAGCUAUGUCUUCAUCAACGGACGAUGCAGGAACAACAACACAUUCUCUUCAGGAAUUCAAACUCUUCGAAACUCAAUCGAACUUUUAUAUGAUUGGUUGGGAUGGAAGUGGAGUUUAUAGAGUACUAAAGAUUGAUCGUCUUGAUCCAUCUGAGCUUAACAUUAGUCAAGAUUCGACUCAUUACACAAAGAAAGAAUGUUAUGAGUUGCUCAAACGGAUACACGAAGGAAAUAAAGCUACGGGUGGGCUUAAACUUGUGACUCUUUGUUAUGGUAUCAUUGGCUUUGUUAAAUUCUUGGGACCUUACUAUAUGCUGCUAAUAACUGAAAGAAGACACAUAGGUGAUCUUUUUGGUCACAGUGUCUAUGCUGUAUCAAAGAGCGAGAUAGUUGCCUUGCAUAAUUCUACUGUACAGUGCAAUUUUGCAAAUUCAAGAGAUGAAAACAGAUAUAAGAGACUCUUGUGUAUGGUGGACCUUACGAAAGACUUCUUUUUCAGCUAUUCUUACAAUGUAAUGAGAAGUUACCAGAAGAAUGUAUGCAAUUAUGAGACCGGGCAUAAUCUCUAUGAGAAAAUGUUUGUCUGGAAUGAGUUCUUGACUCGGGGAAUCCGACAUCAUCUACGGAAUACCCUGUGGACUGUAGCAUUGGUUUAUGGUUUCUUCAAGCAGGCAUCUCUUUCUGAAUCUGGGAAGGAUUUUAAGAUCACCCUUAUCGCUAGGCGUUCCCGUCAUAAUGCUGGAACCAGGUACUUGAAGCGAGGAGUAAACAGAAAUGGUGAUGUUGCCAAUGAUGUCGAGACCGAACAGAUAGUGUCUGAAGAUGUUCCUGAAGACCACCCUAUGCAAAUAAGUUCUGUUGUGCAGAAUCGUGGCUCAAUCCCUCUUUUCUGGUCACAAGAGACCUCACGACUGAAUCUAAAGCCAGAUAUAGUCUUGUCAAAAAAGGAACCAAACUAUGAGGCGACUAGGCUUCACUUUGAUAACCUUGUAGAACGAUAUGGAAACCCCAUCAUCAUUCUGAACUUGAUCAAGACAAAAGAGAGGAGGCCUAGAGAGUCAAUCCUACGAGAAGAGUUUGUUAAUGCAAUUGACUUUAUAAACAAAGAUUUACCUGAGGAAAAUCGUCUGCGAUUCCUCCACUGGGACCUGCACAAACAUUUUCGGAGCAAAACAAAAAAUGUCUUGGCACUCCUUUGCAAAGUAGCUACCUGCGCAUUGAUGCUAACCGAUUUAUUUUACUAUCAAGUUACACCAGCCAUGACGAUUGAGGAUUCCAUGAGCUUGUCUUCUUCUUCUGAUGCCGACACUGGGGAUAUAUCUCCACACACUAGUUCUGAUGAUGAUAAUGGGGACCAUGAUAGUCUUGAGAAAAAAUCUAGUAGGAGUAAGAAUAUUGCUUAUGGAAAAUGUGAUGUCAAGCCACCCAGGCUUCAGAGUGGCGUUCUUAGGACCAAUUGCAUUGAUUGCCUUGACCGUACAAAUGUAGCACAAUAUGCAUACGGUUGGGCUGCUCUUGGGCAGCAGCUUCAUGUAUUAGGGAUUAGAGAUGUUCCCGCCAUAGAACUUGAUGAUCCCUUGGCUAUUUCGUUAAUGGGGUUGUAUGAGAGAAUGGGUGACACACUAGCUCAUCAGUAUGGCGGAUCCGCAGCCCACAACAAGGUAUUCAGUGAGAGAAGAGGCCAGUGGAGAGCAGCAACUCAGUCACAGGAGUUCUUGAGAACUCUACAACGAUAUUAUAACAACGCAUAUAUGGAUGCAGAUAAACAAGACGCCAUUAAUAUAUUUCUUGGCACGUUCCAGCCUGAACAGGGAAUGCCAGCAAUCUGGGAGUUACGAUCAAAUUCUCUCUCCAAUGGACGAAAUGGAGAGAUGAACAUAGGGAAAGAUGAAAGGUUUCUUGUGAAAAGGUGCUUAUCAGAUGGAGAUUUUCUCCAUGAAAGUUGCACUCCGCUGUCAGCCAUGAGUAGCAAUCAUGAAAGCAUGCCACAAAAAGGUUUCUCCGCACCAUUACAGCAUGUGAGCCAUAUUCUUUCAGAGUCAUCGUCUGAUAUACCAGUAUCUAAUGAUGUAGCAUUAUCAAGGUGUACUCCUUCAAUGCCCAGGAAACAGCUCUUCGGAGAUGUGCAAAAGGUUCAUCGUUUUGGUAGCGACCAAGUUUACUUUGGCGGGGAGGAAGACAUGUCUAGUGUCUCCAAUUUUGUUGAUAUUGAGUGGCUUUCAUCAGAAAACCCAUGCGAGAAUGCUUUAUUUGACAGGUCGUCGGAGCUUACAAGAAAUUUGACAGCGGAGACGUCUUCAACAGAGAAUAGCGUCAACGGAGUAGGACAAUCGGCACCAACUAUAAGUGAAAGUGGGUCAAGCAGCAGUAAGGGAAAGGAACCGAUGGGAACAAAGAUUCGGGAGGACUUUCCAGAUAGCUUCAAAGAAUGGGUAGCAUACGGUGAAGCUCUCUGCCACUGAGUCCCAAAAUCUUAGGAACACGGAAUGGUACAAAAGAGUAGUACAUUAUUGCUGAAUAGCUGAAACCUUUGUGUUGCAUAAAAUUUCAUCAUUCGUUUGAAACCUUUAUUUUUCCCCCUAAUUUGUUUUGUAAAUAGUGUAAUGUUUAUAUAAAGCUUGUAAGAAUCAUGUUAAAAUUAUUUGUAGGUUUCUUUGUCUCUCUGUAAUCGUUUGAAUCACAAACACCUGCGGUUAUAUAUUGCGUUUGCGUUUUCUGAAGUAGUAGUCAUGAGUGACUUACUUGAUACACAAUUUUAAAAUGCUAUUACUUG